AUGUCGGCUUCUAAAACGCCUAUCCCCGACCUUAAAGGGCUGCCGGACGAAAAAAUGCCCAUUGCCGUAGAGGCGACUUCAGAGGCACAUUUGAACGAAAAUAAGGAUGACGCUUCAGUGGUGGAACCUGAAAGCCUUCAAAUCUCUCAUAUUGAGGAUUACAAACCUUUAGCAGGUACGAAAAGCUGUAUAUACUCCAUGAAUGAGCUUAUUGACAUCUCCAAAGCAGUUUCAAUAAAUUCGCAUUUGUCUUCGGAGGUGAAUUUACCCAAGAAGAGUUUUUGGAGGUUGACCAGCAGGCAUCCAGAAAUCAGGCAAAAUGAGAUGGGUACGCAUAACGGGAAUGGAAAUAAGCAUAAUGGGAGCUUCAAGGGCCAGGAUUAUGGCGGAGACAAGAAAAGCAGCAGAGGUAAGAAUGCUAGAGGCGUCAGGCGUAGCGCCAAACUCGCGAAAGGUGACAAAUCUUACGUUGAGGAAAAAGAUGUGAAGGUAAAUAAUGAUGAGCUUCUGGCUUUGGAGGAGGAAAUCAAGCCAACAGGGAACUCGAUAUCUGACUUUGAAAACUGGAGGGCCAAAAUGAAGGAAUUGGAGCGCAAGAAAAAGGGGCAGUCGUCCAACAGUAGUUCCGACACCAUUGAGAGGCCACCUCUAGCCAACAAUGGGAGCUCUGUGUCCGAUUUCUUCAAUCUGCAACGUCAAAGCAGCUCUAAUUUCGAAGAACUUGAACCACAAGACUCCUCCGACAACCUCAAAAGUUCUCAUUCCCGAUUCUCUUCUUUUUUCAAUGGACCCAGUAACCCAAAAACAGAAGCAUCUCCAAGUUCUGUAGCACAGCCACCCACGCCUAAGGAGAGAGAAGCACGGCCUGCGGGCUCCUCCCGAGUUCUGUCGUUCUUUGAUAAUAUGGACACGAGGAAAAAUACCCCUGGGCAUACAUCUCAGAAUAUCAUUGCCCAUCCCCCAUCUUCUGUCGUAAGUCCACCUGUUCAAGAACAGACGAAUAGUAACUUUUUUCAAGGCCUUUUGAACAAAGGCAAGGCUCCCUCCAGUAGAAGCCCUAACGAUCAACUAGUUUCGCCAGAUCAAAAACCGGUUCCUGACAAGUCAGCUGGUCCAGCUCUAGUCGCUGCCUCCCCACGGGAAAAUGAACCGCCAAAUAAUCACACUCCAAGUAGAGGUCCCCCUGGCCUCGCAAAGUUACCAGGUAAUAAACCUGUCAUGUCAACCCAGGCUCCCCCCGGCUAUCCUGUUCCCAUGCCCAUGAACCCCUACUUCCCUAACACACAGCAUAUUGGCCAGCCGCCCGCAGGCUUUCAGCCUUUCCAAAUUCCACCACCAGGUGUAGGUGUCCCCCAAAAUUUCUUUGGCAACCAGCGACAGGCGGGUGACUUUCAGCGAUCUGACAAAAAAGACGAAGCGAUCAAUGGAUCACAAGAGAUGCGGCUCCCAUUUAUGUCUAGUCCCCACAAUCUGCCACCACCUGGAUUUCCUCCAAUGCAUGGAAUACCUCCAGGCAUUUCCCGUGAUUUGCCUAUGCCCAGUAUGAUGGCACCCCCUCCUGGGUUUUUUCCCUCUCAAGGCCCCUCGAUCGCGCAAUUUGGUAACCCACAAAGUCGUCAACAAAUGAUGAAUGCUCAGUCUCUGUCCCAAAGAACGCCACCUCGUGAAUCACAGUAA